AUGUCUUCCUCAACUCCAAAUCCUCGGAAAAGAGGAGCAGCUACUAUGCCAAUUUCUGGGCACGAACGCAAACGAGCCAAACUCCAGGAUGCUCGAACGAUUGCUAUCCAAAGCACCGAACAAGCAUUAAAGACAGGUGAACUAGACGUCCCCGCGUUCAUCAAAUCCCGGGAGUUUGAAAUUGAAGCGUUACAGAGCGCCAUGAAAUCAUCUAAGGAAUCUAGUAACAAACGUGCAUUCCAAAUCGUUCCUCGAGACAUGCGACGUCGAACGGCGAGCCACAAUGUUAAGCGUGUGCCCAAGCGUCUGCGGCCCAGGGCCACCAGGGAAAUGCAAAGCGACAACACUCCCACGGUUUCUGCUCGUCGAAGAAAGCCUUCUGGGUCGCUAAGGUCCCGGAAAGAAACGGCCCGGAAGCUACAAACUAUGGCGAAGAAAAAGGAUAUCACUGCUCAGAUAUUGGCGAAGAUCUCCGGUGGCAGGAGGACGGAAAAUGUUUUACGGCAACCCCCGAGGGCACAGACUAAGUUCCGGAAGAGACAGAAGCAUAAAACGUGGCUUCCGACUCAUGUUUGGCAUGCGAAAAGGUCAAAGAUGGUUGUCCGGUGGAGGUUCGCUGUUGCGGAGACACCCACGGAUAAGUGCUAUAGAGUCGCACAUAGAGCUAGCGGAAUGAGGGGAUGCAUUGCUUGGGAUGAGAGCUACUAUUCAACCAUCAUGCUACGAGGGAAGGAGCGGGAUAUCAAGGAAGUUAUGAACGCCUUGUGCCCUAAAGAUGAAAAUCCUAUGAGCAAGAAGGUCGUUGCAGGGACUAGAGCCUCCGAUACAUUUAUCUAUAGAGCUGGUGGAUAUCCAUUGGGCUUGAUCGCUCCGGUUAAUAUUGUUUGGUGCGUACCGGAAGACCCAGAAGAUCACCGGGAAGAACGCAUGAGGAAACUGCUCAUUCGGGUUCAUCCUUCCGCUUUCUUAGAGUUAUGGGAGGUGCUUCUUCCAACAACCAAACCUUUCAAGGUCACCGUGGAAGAUCUCCGAUAUGAGAUUGGAAGCAUUGAGAUUACCGGCCCUGAUGCUACGAAUUCCCUCCUGGCAGCCCUCAAUCCGGUUGAUGCAACAGAUGGGGAUUCCCCCUCAGGAAUAUGGAGGAAUCUGAGAGGACUCACGAACCCCUCCUCCCUUCCGUUAGGUGCUUGUCUAUCUUUCAAUGUAAUUGAUCCAAGACUUCGAGAUCCUCCCCGUCUAUCGGAGGAUAAACGGAAGUUUGAAGAAAUUCAGGAGACUGUUUUCAAAGUUGCUUCCACCUGGCCAAUCGACAGAACACAACCUCCGUCGUCAUUAUUCUCAAGGGAAGCCAGAGCAGCCGCUGUCAAGUCACAAUCGUCACAAAAAAAGAUAAACAAGCGAAAGGGGGAAGCCGUUCCGGGAGAAUAUCCCUCGCCUCUCCCUACCGAUCCUAGGAUUCCAAUUGUGCUUUUAGCCACCCGCCGCUCAUAUGCCGAGAAAGGGGGUUCAGGAGCUAUUGGAUCCUGGACGGUUCUAUUGCCAUGGAAGUGGGUACAGCCAGUAUGGUACAGUAUUAUACACUCUGGUUCAAAUGUCAAGUUUGGCGGUUUGGACGAAUUGCGGCAGAUCAGCUACGAAAGCUCUAAAAGGCACUUUCCGGAUGAUUUUCCCGGAACAAAGGCUGGGGUGGUGGAAGAGCUUAGGAAGGGGGUGGAAAGGAAAGAGUGGUGGGAUAAGCGGCCAAAGGGGAAGAGGGUAGAGUGGGGUAGUGUGAAAGUUGGGAAUAAGAAGGGAGAGGUUGGGGAUGGGUUUGUAUGCGAUUGGGCAUACUUGCUAGAGGGGAAGAACAUCGAAAUUACCCAGGGUGAUGACUCGAUGGAGUUGCCCACGGAUGCUACCAAGUCUACAGAAGACACAGUCCCCAGUGGAACCACAGCGUUCAUGAGCAUGACAGAGUCUAUCGGGGAUACAAUAUCUAUGCCAACCGCGGAGCCGGAGGUUUCAAUAGAAAACCCAAAAUACUCAAUGGAUAUCGAUAAACCUCCCCCAAACUUACCGGUAAUAUCUUCCAGUAUCCCAACUUUCUUCAAGGAUACUUCUAUGGCAACCGCCAUAUCCCCCCCGAUGCCAACAUCCCAGCAAUCACAUAUAUGGGCAAUCCCAUCCAACGUCAUCCGCUACAUCCUCGCAGCCCCCAAUUCAUCACUGCCGAAACCUCUAACUACGCUUCACCCCAGGAUCCUCUCGGCGGGCGUUUUCCCGAUAAAACUUGUCCUUCCACAACGCGGCACGCCUACCCCCCGAGCGCGCAUAUAUUCCCUCCCCACCAACAACCCUGCUUUAAAGGCGAAGUGGAAAGCGGUAAUGUCCCAAAAAUCACGGGGCAAGCGUCCUGGAAAGGCAACCGAACUUCCCGAUACACCUGGCGAGGAAGACUUGAUUGGGUUUGUAACAACAGGGGAUUUCAACCUCAGAGAAGGGAGGGGGGCAGGUGUUGGAGCACUUUCGUGGCAAAAGGUGUUUGGUAGGGGGAAAAAAAUGGGUGGGGCUGUUGGGAGGGCUUGUAUUGUUAGAGAUGUGGGAAGUGGCAUUGGGAGGUUGGCUUAUUGGGAAGUUAUUGAUUAGCUCGGGCGUUGGUGGGCUGGUGGGGUGCUGUGGGGGACAUGUGGGGCAAUUGUUUAAAUGCGCAAUACACAAAGUAAUUAG